UCCUAUUGUAGUUAGUACGUAUUGGUUUACGAGUCUGCACUCAUGGGGAAGCUUAAAGGGUUGCUUCUUAGUAUUAAAUUGUUUUAAAAAGUUAACAUAUGCCGAGUCAAGUAGAAGUUAAAUUGUUUCUGUUUCCUGGAACAUUGUUGGAACGUUGUUUGGUCUUAUUUGGAGAAAGUAGACAGCUUGACUUGAUUUUUCAAUUUUUUAAUAAUUUGUGUGUGUUUAGGGAACACUCAACGUAUGCUUCAAACUGUGGAUUGUGAAUGAUUUUUAUUUAUGCUUUUCUUCCAUAUUUGUUUAAAAUUUAUAAAGUAUUUAUUGAUCAUAAGAUCUUAUGUGUUUUGAUUCAUUGAUCAUAAGCUCCAUUUCUCUGCAUUUUUUUGCAGGCUCUCUCAUUUCAGGCUCCAUUGAUCUCAGGUUUGCUCAGACCUAGUGGAAAAGGUGACUAACAAGUGCAAAUAUAUUUUACUACUUGUUCCAAAACGUGAACACAUUGCUUAUUCUCUUUUUUUUUUUUUUGCAGACUCAGAUCUUCUCAAGCUCAUUCUCUCAAGCUCAGACCCUCUCAAACUCACUCUCUACUGCUGUUCCUCUCACUUUUUAAGAUGUCGACGUCAAAAGAUGUAAGUUUCUCUCACACUAGUCUUAAUGCUUGUAUUGAACUGUCUUUAGGUUGUAUGGAACUGUCUUUAGGCUGUAUGGAACUGUCUUUAGGUCUUUUAGGUCGUAUGCUUAAGGGUCUUGCUUUGGUGUGUUUUAGAAUUGGAAACCUGAGGAAACUAGGUAUUUUUUCCAACUCUACACGGAAGAGAGAAGAAAAGGAAAUAAGGUUGGUCAGCAAAUGAAUAAAGUAGGAAAAAAGAACAUCAUGGAUGCGUUUGAGCUGAGGUUUAAGAAGGGAUUUUCCGAUUGGAAGAGGGACGACAAGAACAAGUACGACAGCAGCAGAAAAAAAUACAUCAGGAUUAGGAUGCUGACUCAGAACAGGACAGGACUUGGGUAUGAUAACAUGGGAAGGAUCGACAUGUCAGAUGAUUGGUGGAAAGAGCGCGAAAGGGAGUGUCCAGGAAUUAGAAAAGCCUUCUGCAAAGAAAUUGAUAACAUGGAUAUGUUUGAAGCAGAAUUUGGUGGUGUAGUAGUUACUGGAGCAGAAGGUUGGAGUGCUCAACAUGGAGAAGCAAGCUUGAAUUCGAGAGUUGGUGGAGAUAUUGCUGAGGAUGAAGCUGAUUCUCAGCCAGCAGCAGAGACAGAAACCCAGGGCCAAGCUCCUCGCCAAACUCAACCAGCAGCUCAGACUCAUUCUGGAGGUUCAAGAGCAAAACGAAGGCGUAAGGAGAAAGAUGUGGCUGUGGAGGCAUGUGAAAAAAGGACAGCUGCUCUUGAAGUGAAGAAUAUGCUAGCAAAACAAUUGAUGGAGCGUGAACAACCAUUCAGUGUUGAGACCGUAUUGGAGAUGUUGUAUGCUCUCCCUGAAGUGAGAGAGUGGUCGCCUUUAUAUGAAGCAUCGAUUGAGCUUCUGAUAGAUAGUGAAGGGAGCCGAAGGGGAUUCAUAACGAUGAAGACAGAUGAAGCGAAGACUAAGUUUCUGGAGCUUAGGACCAAGAUAAAACGUGAUGAGUGACUAGUUAGUGGAUUGGAACUAGUAGAUUCAUUAGUUUAUGUUGAGUAGGAACUUAAGUUUGGUACUGCUUUAUGUUAUGAAACUUAAGUUUAGAGGUUUAUGUUGAUCCUUCCUUCCUCAAAGAGUCGUUUAAAUAUUGUUUCUUAUUGGUUUUGGUCGGUUUGCAACAGAUCACAUGUCUUGUUUCUUAUUUCUAUCUUGAACAUUUAUUUACUUGAACUUGUGCAUUGGCUGUUACUGAACUUAUUUAGACUGAUGAUGAUUUAUUCAAUAUGGUUUUGUAGAUGCUUGAAAGAUGGAUGUUGGAAGAUGAAGAUGGUGAUUAUGAUGAUGAACUUGGUUUGUUUGAUGUGGCUAUUACCGAGAGACUGAGUCAUAGAACAGAUCGAGGAGCAGGAUGGCGUUAUGUUCAACAACUUAUGUACGAAUCUGAUCAGCAAUGUUACGACAUUCUGCGCAUGAAUCGAAGGACGUUUGAAGCUUUGUGCAAGAUGCUAGCUCAGCGAUAUGGAUUGGAAGAGUCUCACCAUGUCUACCUUGAGGAAUCUGUUGCGAUGUUUCUCGAGACUGUUGGUCAAGAUAAGACCAAGAGGGAUAUUGCUGCAAGGUAUCAAAGAUCAUUGGAUACAGUACAAAGAAAGUUUGAUGAAGUCUUGAGUGCUCUUCUCAAGUUUGCAGAGGAUACACUAAAACCAGAAGAAGGCGAGUUUGCAAGAGUGAGUCCUGUUUUGAGAAACGAUGAUCGGUAUUGGCCUCAGUUCAGAGAUUGUAUUGGAGCACUUGAUGGAACUCAUAUCCCGGUUCGUCCUCCAAGUCAGAAUGCAGAUGCAUACAGAGGCAGAAAGCAAGAUCCUACAAUGAAUGUUCUUGCUAUAUGUAACUUCGAUAUGAAGUUCAUAUAUGCAUAUGUCGGUGUACCUGGUAGAGCACAUGAUACCAAGGUCUUGACUCAUUGUGCGAGAAACGAGGCUUCUUUUCCACAUCCUCCCCCCGGAAAGUAUUAUUUAGUUGACUCCGGAUAUCCGACCAGGACAGGGUAUCUUGGUCCGCAUCGUAAUAUGCGAUAUCAUCUUAGUCAGUUUGCUACAGGAGGACCACCAGUUAGUGCAAGAGAGUUAUUCAACCGAAAGCAUUCAGGUCUGCGAUCAGUGAUUGAGAGAACAUUUGGAGUAUGGAAAGCAAAAUGGAGGAUUUUGGAUCGUAAGCAUCCAAAGUAUGGUCUGGUCAAGUGGAUUAAGUUGGUGACAGCGACGAUGGCGCUACACAACUUCAUACGUGAUUCACAUCGGGAAGAUCAUGAUUUUGUACAGUGGCAAAAUGGUGAUGAUGGAGAAGGAGAAGCUGAUAGUGACGGUGAUGAAGAAGAAGGUGAUGAUGAUGAUGAUGAUGAAAAAGAUGAUGGUGGUGGUGGUGGUGGUGGACGUAUUGUAUAUGAGCCGACAGGUGAUAGAGCGAUGGAAGAUUUGCGUGAUAACAUCACAAAUGAAUAUGGUAGAGGUCGUUUACCGUAUUAAAUGUUUUAGUUGAUGAUUUAAUUUUUUUGCUUAUAACUUUGAUUGUCAUGUAAAUGUGAUAUUUAUUUAAGACUUGAUGUAAUAUUUAGCUUUUGUUUAUAAUAAAUAUUUUGAAUUA